UUACUCCUCAUGCAAGCCGACUUGGAAACGGCAUUGGACAAAGUCGCCGACUCUUUGUUGUCUCCAAAAGAAGAUGCGGCUGCCGUUGCGCAAAUAGUUGAGACCUUUUUAGAAUAUAAAAGUGAUUUAGUCAACACAGAAUACAUACAAGUUGAAUUGAAGCAUGAUAUUGAACAUUAUCUUAAAAAAUUGGAAACUCUUGCGAAAAAAGUUGAACUGCUUCGCAAUCGAAAGUGUACUCGACAACAAAUGUUUGAAGCACUAAGCGAUAAGUUGACUCUUAAGGACAUAAACGGUUUGCUGACUCAAUCUCAAUUUGGCGCUGUAACCGCAAGUAACAAAGAUACAUUUCAAAAUCUCAGAUUGAAAAUAUUUUCAAAGGAAUGUGAUUGGCAGUUCGCAAUAGACAACUUCGUUGCAAAAUGCGGAGCGUGUGCUGAUAUAAUCCAAUUAGCCACAUUAAACGACAGUAUGCAGCAACGUUUUACGAGAAUGGAUAAGGAUUUAGACGACAUGUUUACGAUUGUUAUGCCACCUAAGACAUAUCCAACGGAUAAAAAAGUACAACGCGACGAGAAAUGUUUAUCAUGUGGAGCGCCAACCGAAGUAGUGAAGGAUGAGCUUAAUCUGAGACUUUGGCAAGAAAUUAUUUCUACAGCACCUGUUCCUGCCGAUAAAACUAAAUAUAAAUACGGAGAAAUCGCAGGAAUUUGCAUACCUGGACGACCGAUCCCACAUCCUCUUGAGCAAGGUUCAUAUAUUUGCGAACACGAUUGCGGUGAAAUUGUUAACACAGCAGAGGAGUUGUUAGAAUUGUUUAUAAAAAGGCUGCACCCAGACUCGCCGAAUAGCGCUGCAGUCCCUGACACUGACAAGGUUAAUAAUACACUUACUUCGAUUUAUUAUAUUGACGUAGACAACUAGGUAUAGGGACCGUGGUCAUUGGAGGACCUACCAUCGUGUGGCGUGAAUCGGAAACAUAAACAUGUAUAUUGACCAUUCACUCCUUUAGUGCUGCCAUCUACCGGACUCGGAUGUUUUCUUGGUUUGCCAUCUUGUGAGCUACAUUGAAAGCAUAAAUUUCACAUUUACAUUUACCGCUCACCAAUAAUCUGAAGUCGCCUGUGCUGCCUUUUAC